CCGGACUUGGCCAUUCGUUCAGUCAUCCUGCGAGGCUGGCUGGAUGAUCCUUGCAGGACUACGCAUAUGCCAUCGCAGCGCACAACACCUCUCAUCAUCGCUCGGACGGCAAGCUAAUAUCAGGACACAAUCUCUUGUAACGAUGGCGCCGGCAACCCACACAGUCAAUACAUCCGAACGCCUGGAGGCGCUGCGACGGCUUAUGGCGAAGCCUGGCAACGAUGUCGCGGCUGUCGUUGUGCCUAGCGAAGACCAACAUUACAGCGAAUACCCAGCGGCGUGCGACGAAAGACGCGCUUUCAUAUCUGGCUUCACCGGAUCUGCAGGAUGUGCUGUUAUCACGCAGAACGACGCAUUUCUAUUCACAGACGGCCGCUACUUCUUGCAAGCAGAGAAGCAGUUGGAUAAGAACUGGACUUUGAUGAAGCAAGGCUUACCAGAUGUACCCACUUGGCAGGAGUUUCUGUGGAAGAGGUUACCGAAAUGCACGCGUAUCGGGGUUGACCCGGUUAUUGUGACUGCCUCCGAUGCCGACACGAUCCAGAAGAACCUUGAGCCUCUCGAAUCGCGGCUCGUCUCGCUGAAGGACAAUUUAGUGGACCUCGUGUGGACCAAUCGCCCCCCUAGGCCGACUAACAGCAUAUUCCCGCUUGACCUGAAGUACGCUGGUGAAUCACAUGCGCAGAAGAUCGAGAGACUACGAGAAGAGAUGAAGAAGAAGGAAGUGCACGCUAUGGUCGUAAACAUGCUAGAUGAAGUCGCCUGGCUGUUCAACUUGCGAGGCUCGGACAUCGAUUACAACCCAGUGUUCUUUGCGUAUGCUGUUCUGACUCCAGAGAAGGCGUAUCUCUUCCUGAACCCGGCACAAGUCGACGACACGCUCCGCAAGCACCUCGGCGACCACGUCGAUAUCCACCCCUACGACUCCUUCCUCUCCUACCUCGCAGACCUCGGCGCGGAAAUUGGCCUACACAAGAAAUCAAAGGCACUAGUAGGCGACAAAGCCAGCCUGGCCAUCGUGGAAGCAAUGGGAGCAAUAUCAUGCGACAUCAUCAAGGAAAACGUCGUCGUGGCUCGCUCGCCCGUCACGGACUUGAAGGCUGUGAAGAACGAGACGGAGGUUGAAGGAUUCAGACAGAGCCAUAUACGCGAUGGUGUUGCCCUCGUUCGCUACUUCGCGUGGCUCGAAGACCAGCUGAACAUCGGGGUGGAGCUCAACGAGUGUCAGGCCGCGGACCAGCUGGAGCGUUAUCGCUCAGAGCUCGACCUAUUCAGAGGACUGUCUUUCCCUACCAUCUCGGCGACCGGGCCAAAUGGCGCGAUCAUACACUAUCAACCCGACCCGAACGACUGCGCGGUUGUUCGCAAAGAUCAGAUAUAUCUCUGCGACUCUGGAGCGCAAUUCACGGAUGGGACUACGGACGUCACGCGGACCUGGCACUUUGGCAAGCCGACGUCCGAGGAGCGCCGUGCUUGCACCCGCGUGCUACAAGGGCACAUCGCCAUAGACACUGCGGUGUUCCCAAGUGGAACAACUGGCUAUGUCAUCGAUGCUUUUGCGCGAAGACCGCUAUGGGAGGACGGCCUUGACUAUCGGCACGGGACCGGUCAUGGUGUUGGCCACUUCCUCAACGUCCACGAAGGACCGCACGGCAUUGGCGUCCGCAUAGCAUACAACAGCACGCCAUUGAAGUCCGGCAUGACUGUGUCUGACGAGCCUGGAUACUACUCCGACGGACGAUUCGGCAUCCGCAUCGAGAACGUGGUCAUAGUCCGCGAUGCGAAGACUCCAAAUAACUUCGGAGACAAGGGCUACCUGAAGUUCGAGCACGUCACCAUGUGCCCAAUCCAGAAGAAUCUCGUCGACGACUCCCUUCUGAGUCCGAAGGAGAGGUCGUGGCUGGAUUCGUACCAUGCGGAGGUGUUGGAGAAACUCUCACCUUUGUUGCACACGGAUCCGAGGGCGUUCGCGUGGCUGCAGCGCGAGUGCUCACUCUGUAGUCGGCAGACAUCUUUUCGCAUCGACCACAAUCUGGUCUGUGUGGUCGCGAGAUGCUCUGGCAUGGCGUCAUCUCCCCUCUGUUGAGCCUGCGCUCGUAAUUUCUGUCAAACGUUAGCCAUUACACAGCGUGACGACUUGGAUACCGAUGCCUCUUACAGUCGCGUGGUAAUACGAGUCUGUCACAGUCCUUCGCGCUCGGCGCGAUGGAUCAUGCAUCUUGGCGCGUUGUAGCAUCUCAGUGACAAACACGACGGCGGAACGUACGUUGUGUAGACUGUAUACAGCGUGAAUGGCCUCUCAGAGUGUCAAUAUUAUGGUCAUGAAUAGCAAAUACUAGUAUAAUGUACUUACUUACAGUGAGUUGUUACAGUACUAGUAAGUAACGCGAAUCCGUUCGGUUGUGCCGGCGCUUCACAUGUCACUGAUUUGCGG